GUAAGGGAGAGAACAUUUGGGACCGGUUGACGCACCAGCAACCGGACCUCAUCCUGGACAAGUCCAGCGGGGACGUGGCGUGCGACUCGUACCACAAGUACAAGGAGGACAUCCGGAUAGCCAAGGAGCUCGGGACUACGAUGUACCGUUUUUCCCUGUCCUGGUCGCGCAUCCUGCCCACGGGUGCCAUCGACCAAGUGAAUGCACCGGGCGUUAAAUAUUACCAUGAUGUUAUAGACGAGUGCCUCGCCAAUGGCAUCACACCCAUGAUAACUAUCUUUCACUGGGACCUCCCACAACCCCUGCAAGAUUUGGGGGGAUGGACAAACGAAGUGGUGGUUAACUACUUUGUCGACUACGCCGAGUUUGUGUUUAAAGAAUAUGGAUCGAAGGUCCGACUAUGGCUGACUAUCAACGAACCGCUGUCGAUUUGUGGGGAGGGCUACGGUGAUGCAAUCAAAGCACCAGCGAUCCAUUGGAGCGGUCGAGCCGACUACUUGUGCGCGCACAACGUCCUCAAGUCGCACGCGUACGCCUACCGCCUGUACGAGAGAGACUUUAAGGAGACACAACUCGGUGAGGUUGGCUUCGCAACGAUCUCAAGCUAUUAUUAUCCCAAGGAUAAAAACAACCCAAGUGAUGUAGAAGCUGCCGAGCGCAUGCAGCAAAUGGUGUUCGGCUGGUACGCGCAUCCAGUCUUCAGCAAAGACGGGGACUACCCCGCAGUCAUGAAGGAGAGAGUAAAGAAAGCAAGUCUCGAGCAAGGCUUGAAAAGGUCUCGCCUCCCAGAGUUCACCGAAGCUGAAAUCAAACUUAUACAAGGAUCGGCGGACUUUUUCGGCAUCAACCACUACACGUCGAGCAUUGCCCACGAGCCGACAGCGGGCGAAGAGCUACCGCAAGCGGGAACCAGGGGCGGUGAUGCAGGAGUCCUGACGGCAUUCGAUCCGGCCUGGGAGGAAACGAUUGCGGACUGGCUCAGGGUGGCGCCGAAAGGUUUCCGAAUGCUACUAAACUGGAUUAAAGAUGCGUACGACAAUCCCAAAGUCAUGGUCACGGAGCAGGGCUACCCCGACCGCGGGGAACUAAUGGAUACGAAUCGAGUGCACUAUUACAGGCUUUACUUGCUGGAACUGCUUAAAGCUAUAAACACAGAUAAGUGCAACGUGGCAGUAUACACGGCAUGGAGUCUCAUGGACAACUAUGAAUGGUUCUUUGGUUACGAGCACAAGUUCGGCUUGUAUCAAGUCGACUUCACGGAUCCGCAGCGGCCGCGCACGCCGAAGAUGUCAGCAGCGUUUUACAAGAAGCUCAUCGAGACGCGCAAGGUGCCGAAAGAUGGCGAGAUUGACUUUAGUACUGCAGCGCCUACCGCCUCUACUGCAGCGCCUACUGCCUCUACUGCAGCGCCACAAUCGUCUACUGCAGCGCCACAAUCGUCUACACAGAAAAGUUCAGCGGGCAUAAAUGUGCUGUCGUAUUGCGUGUUAAUUAUUUCAUGUUCUGUCCUCCUACUACAAAUAUAAGUCAAAACCGCAGCGUCA